GUUCAAUUCAUUCUUCUUUUUUUUCUUUAGUAAAUUUAACGUCCUCUUUAAAUAGAUUAGAAUUUUACACUGAUGGCUCCUUAUCUAGAUAUAAUGAUUCAUCCAUCAUGGGUUUUGGUUGGAUUUUGACAAGUGACAUCAAUCUUGACGUAAAAUAUAGUGGUAAAACAGCCGAUUGGGCGAGCUCAACAAAAGCCGAAAUUUUUGCUAUUCUCACAUGUUUAAUCAUCUGUCCUUCUAAUAGUCACGUGACUAUAUAUACUGAUAGUCAAUGUGCAAUCGAUACGUUCAAUUCUUUACAUCACUAUAAGAUGACUCCAAGACGUUUUCAAAAAAUUAAUAACAAUUUAUUAUGGCAAACUAUUCUUUAUAUUAUUAAAAGACUCAACCUCACGAUCAAAUUAAUUAAAGUACAGGCGCAUUCAGGUGACAAAUAUAAUGACAUGGCUGAUGCUCUAGCUAAAUCUGGAUGUGACAAACAAGACAUUAUUUCUAUUUCACCAAUAACUGUCAAAACCGUUAAAGGAUAUAUCAUGUUCAAUGAUGAAUUAAUAAUCGAUCGAAAUAUCCGAAAAACAACAAAAAAAAUUAUUAAUUUUAGAAAUACAGAACGACAGAUUUCUCAUAGAUCUCUACAUCAUAUCAAAGAUUUCACUUUUGCCAAAUUAAUUAAUUGGGAAUAUACACAAGAUUGGUUCAAUUAUAACCCGUUUUCGAAAGCUACUUCACAAUCUUAUAGUAAACAUGUUAGUUGGCAUAUUAAAUGCUCUAAUUAUGCGUUACCAACACUUGACUCUCUCAACAGAAAUUAUCCGGAUAUCCUUAAAGGAUUUGAUAUAUGCUUUCUAUGUUCAACAGCUCAAGAAACAAACGAACAUUUCUGGACAUGUCCAGAAUCCAUUAAAAUUUUGAAGGAUAUUUUUAAGAAACAUGAAUUGAUUUAUAAAGCUUUAAUCAUCAAUAAUCUAGAUCGUAAGAUCAUUGACGAUUCCAACAACAUUAAUCUUAAUUCUCCGGUAUUCUCUUGUUUUAAUUUACCAAUUGAAACUAUUAGUGACGCAAAAGAUCUCCACUGUAUAUUAAUCAAUAUGGUCCCAUCAUCACUCAUCAAACCAUUUCAAGAUGCAAAAAUCUCAAAGAAACUUACAAAAAAAUUAUUAUUAACGUUCCUAUUUAACCUUCAUCGUGAUAUUUACGAGAUAUUGUGGACAAAACGUAAUGCGAAAUGGAAACAAUACAAAAUUGAUCACAACAUUACAAAAUCUUUAUUCACCAAUAGAGUUAAUCGACAAAAAGACCAACAACGUCAAAAUUUUAAUGAGAUAUCGCCUAAUAAUCCAGUUAAUGAUAAUAUACUCAACAUAGGAUAUACGAACCCAUUUAUGACCUCCAGACGUAAUCUGGAUGAUACAGUCCUUUGGAUCUAUCUCACUAGUUCAAAUUUUCGACAUAAUCUCCCGUGGAUAAAUUCUUUAUAUCUAGAUAUUAUAGAUUCAAUUACAUAUGAUCGAAAUUUAUUUUAUUAUAAUAUAUAAACCCUUCGUACAAUUUUAGUUAGGACAAAUUUUAUUUACAUUUAAUUUUAUAGGUCUCUUUAUCUUUCGGAUGGGUGGGUUUCACUUUUGUUUUUCUUUUUCCCAUUUGAAAGGUUAGCGUAGUCCUAGCUUUUUGAAUAGAUAGUCCGAAGGGUGAGGUCCCGUAGGGGAUUAACGUCCAAAAUUCUAUACAAGU